AUGCGAGGUCCGUGGCACGAGCCCGGGGACCCGGGUAGAUCAAUAAGCGCACGGGAAAAGGGCAACAACGCCUGGCACCACCCCGUGCCCCGUGCCAGGGACCCCUCACCUUCCCAGGACGACCACGAACGGCAGGGGCUUCCGGAGAGGAGGAAGGCGAGCCCCGCGGAGGGCGGCGCACCGGGGUCCCCGGGAGCCCGGCGCCUGGGGCCGCCCCGGCCCGGACCCACCGCGGCCCCGCGCGGUCCCCGGCCCCGCAGGGAGGCCGCGCGGCCUCGCCGGCGACCCAGGCCGCGGCCCCCACCGCCCGGCCCGGGCCCCGCGCCGAGCCGAGCCGAGCCGGCCGCGCCUCCCCGAGCGGCCGAGCGUGACGCGCGCACGCGCCGCGCGCCCAGGCCGCAGCGCCCGGCUCGCCGGAGGGGACCCCCCGCCUCCCGCGCCGGCCUUCGCUCCGCCCCGCCCCGCCCACCGGCGCUACGUCACGGGCGGCGCCGCCCCUCCGCCCCGCCCCCCGCGCGCGCUGAUGACGCAGCCGCCCUGACGUCAGCGCGGCCCCCAGGCUCCGCCCACCGAGAGCCCGGCGCGAGUCCUUCAGGCGCCGCGGCCGCGGCGGGCGGGGUCCCCGUCCCACCCGCGGGGCCCAGCGCGCGGGACGUCCCGGAAGCGCUCCGUCAGCUUCCGGAAGGCCCGCCGCGGCCCUCCACGCGACGGGGCCCGGCGGAGCGGCCGGAAGUGCCCGCGGGGCUGAGCCACGCCCGGAACGGCUCUGCUGCCACCGUCCCCGUGCACGGCGCCGUGCACCCCGGGCGGACUCGGAGGGGCGAGGGCCGGGCGUCUCGGCAGGGCGGCACGCCACCUGGCUUUGACUGA